AUGCACAAACACCCUCGCUAGAAGUCACAGUUUAGCAAGUACACCCCCCUACCCACCCCUUGCUCUGUCUCUCACCUGACCCGUAUGUGUUCCCCACCCUACUCUUUGCUCUCCCGACUCUCCCCCUCCUCGGCAGUUCAGUUACAUUAAAGCCAAAGCGUGUGCCGGUGUGUGCGUGUGUGUGUCUCUCUCUCUCUCUCUGUGGUGGUGGUGGUGGCGUUGGUGUUGUGUGCCUAACCGCUCACAACGCAACUUUCAUUCUCGUUACCAAUUUUUUUUCACCCUUCUAUUGCUUUCAAACCCCAAACACUGGCACGUCGCUCAAACGGCUUGGGGGGAAGAGACGUGGAGACAGACACACAGAGAGAGAGAGAGGGCAGCCUACCCCCUUGCCCCGCUCGCCCUGCCGGCACCGUUCGUGACACACAGCGUGGGGCGAGCCGGCUACUGCGUGCUGCGCCGCGGCUGAACGGCAGAGUCCCACGAGGAGCCGGCGUCGCAAAGAACCCUGACCGACUCGAGUUGGGCUAUGCCAGCGCAGAGGCAGCACCUGCUGCUGCUGCUGCUGCUGGUGCCAUGUCUGCUCACCAUGUGGACUCUGAGCGGCGUUGGACUCGCGCAGCAGCAACACCACCACCACCACCACCACCUCCACCAUCAGCAACAGCACCAUCAGCACCAUCAGCAGCAGAACUUACACGACCCCGCUUCUUACUUCGGAUUGCGCCUCGGCCCUAGCCAUGACAGCAUCAUCGUGGCCAACAACGGCGUCCGCGUUCCCUUCGGACGGGCCGUCCACCUGGACCCCAUCAAUGACCUGGUGGUGCAGGUGCAGCCGGGAGACCGCUGCUCGAUCACUGUCCUGGACAACGACCCCCUCUCUCAACGGCCCGGCGUGCUCAGCCCCAAGAAGUUCAGCUGCGAUUUCGGCCCCAACGACGUCAAGUACUCCCACUUCGGCUCGCGCAGUCCGGCCAAGGACCGCGUGCGCCUGCAGCUGAGGUACGACACGCAGACGGACACCAUCGUCAUCCCCUUCAUGAUCGAGGUCGAGGUGGUGUUUACACAGCUCGAGGUGAUCACGCGCAACAUGCCCCUCAGCGUGGAGAAGCUCAUGGGCACGAGCGGCCCCAUCGACAAGAAGAUCCUCGAGUUCACGUACGACCGCGCCAACGAGGUGUGCAAGCUGACGAGCCUGGCUGGCGCCGGGGGGAUGCCCCGGUACGGGAGGCUCGCCAACGCGGACCACAUCGCCAACGGGCAGAUGCUCACCUGCCAGGACUUCAUCACAGCCAACAUUCGCUACCAGCACACUGCCGCGACGGCAUCGCCCAACCGCGACUACAUCCCCAUGGUGGUGGAGCUCUCCGACAAGGACGGGAACCUCCUGAAGCAAGAGUACUUUCAGAUCAUGGUGCGCAUCCGCGAAGGUCUGGAGAACACGCCGCCCAAGCCGAGCUUCAUCGCGCUGAUGAUGAUGGAGGUGGACCAGUUCGUCAUGACCGCCAUCACGCCCGAGAUGUUGGCUGCCGAGGACGUGGAGACUGACCCCGACGACCUCAUCUUCAACAUCACCUCUCCUCUGGGCUACCAGCAAGGUUACAUCGUGAGUACAGACGACAGAAACCUUCCCAUAACGUCCUUUUAUCAGCGCGACAUUAAAGAUUUGAAAAUUGCUUACAAGCCCCCGGCUGUUGACUCAAACGUGGAGCGCAUAUUCCAGAUAGAGUUUGAAGUGAUCGACAGCGAGGGCGUUCCGUCGGACCCGUUUGCAUUCAUGAUCGUUGUGAAACCCAUGAACACGCUUGCCCCGGUGGUUACUCGGAACACCGGGCAGAUGCUCUUCGAAGGCCAAUCGAGGCCCCUCUCCAGCGCGCAGAACCUAGAAAUCAGCGACGAGGACAAUUUGGAGAAUGUGCGCGUCACCGUCAUCGACGGGCUCCGGCACGGGGAGCUGACGGUGCUGGGCGCCCGCCGUAAAUUCUUCACACCGGCCGACCUCGACGCCGGCGUGGUGGUUUAUCAACACGAUGGCAGCGACACGUACAGCGACAACAUCAUCUUCCGCAUGACGGACGGCAAGCACGAGGUGGAGUUUCUCUUCCCCAUCACCGUCGCGCCGACCGACGACGAACCGCCCGUCGUCAAUGCCAACACCGGGCUGGUCAUUUCCAAAAAUGAAAUCAUGCAAAUCCCUCCCUUCGUUCUCAGCGCCAUUGACAUUGACUCGGAGGACUCGACCAUCAGGUUCACCAUAGAGGCGCCGUUUUCCUCUAUCGGUCAGGUCCUGCUUCGGCAAUCGGAGAAGCCCGAAGAGUCGUCAUCAUGGAAAUUCAUAGAGAGCGAAAACUUAUAUGAGAAGGUAGUGACCGAGUGGCUGCAGGAGGACAUUCUGGAAGGAAAGCUGUUUUAUCGCCACGUAGGUCCUCACAGCACCUCGGUAGUGAUGGACCAGUUUAUCUUCAGAGUGCAGGAUGACAACGAUCCUCCCAACCAGUCAGGCGAACACACUUUUUUAAUAAAAGUCCAGCCGAUCGACGACAUACCUCCUUCGCUUUACCCCGGAACCACAUUGCAGAUGACCGUGCAGGAAUUUGAAAUUACGCACUUCAAGCGAAAGUUUUUGCGUUACACGGACUUAGACUCGGAUGACCGCGAUCUGAAGUACACCAUUACGAAGCCGCCUGUGGACACAGACGAGAACAACCCAGUCAACAUCGGCUCCAUCGUUCUGACGGAAAAUCCUGACGUCGUUGUGUCAGAGUUUACGCAGGCGCAAGUGAACCAUCACAAAAUCGCUUACAAGCCACCGGACCAGGAGCUCGGCAUCACGCCGCACGUUGUGCAGUUCACGUACACGGUUGAGGACACCGCCGGAAACUCUGUCGGAGGGACAUUCACGAUCUUCUUGCAACCCGUGGAUAAUAAGCCCCCCAAGAUCACCAACACAGGGUUCACGGUGUUCGAGCGCGGCACGUUUGUCAUUACCAACGCAGAACUCGACGCGACCGACACCGAUACGCAAGUCCAUGAGAUAACAUUCACCCUCACGCAGGAGCCUAAGUACGGCCAACUGCAGUACUUUGGCAUUGCGAUGGCAGUUGACGAAUCCUUCAUUCUGGAUGAUAUCUCAAAUGGACGAGUUGCGUACAUUCACAAUGGCGACGAGUCAACCAGUGACACCUUCAAACUGGACGUAGCUGACGGUGUGCACGUGGUCACAAUCAUCAUCAAGGUCACCGUGAAGCCGAUCGAUGACGAAGCCCCCACGAUCGUGAUCCAAGAAGACACCCUGCGCUCGUCACUGGACGUCCUGGAAAACGGAGCCACGGAAAUAACGACAAACCUAAUCAAGGGCACGGAUCGGGACACGGACGACCUCAUGUUAACCUUUAUCGUUGAGGAACUUCCAAAGCUUGGUUCGAUUCUGGUCAACGGCGCGCCUUCGGAAAGGUUUACCCAGCAGGACAUGAUCAAUGGCGUGGUCGUCUACGCUCACACGAGUGGAGAAAUUGGAACUCAGAAACAACACGACGCUUUCAACCUCACCAUUUCCGACAUGUCCGACGAGUGGGUCAUCGGAGGAAACAAGAUUCAAGGCGUUAGGGUACGCGUCACAAUUUUGCCAGUGGACAGUGUUGCCCCAUCCGUGACCAUUGGGCAACCCUACAGCGUUAUUGAGGCGGAGAAAAACUUCAUAACGCUCAAGAACAUCAAGGUGGAAGACGUCGACACGCCGACCGAUGACAUCCUCUGCACAAUCAUAGUGCAGCCUACGUCGGGUUACGUUGAGAACAUCUCACCUGCACCUGGAUCGGAGAAAUCCCGUGCUGGUACCCCCAUCAGCGCGUUCACCAUGAAGGAUGUCCGCCUCAAGCACAUCAAUUAUGUCCAGAGCAUUCACAAGGGGGUUGAGCCACUGGAAGAUCGAUUUACUUUCCGCUGCUCAGAUGGCAUCAAUUUCUCGCCCCGCCAUUUUUUCCCAAUAACGAUUAUUCCCGCAAACGAUGAAAAGCCAGAACUCUUCAUGCGGGAGUUCAUUGUCAUGGAAGGGAUGAGCCUGAUUGUGGACACGCCGAUCCUCAACGCUGCAGAUUCAGAUAUUCCGCAAGACGAGCUGCACUUUUACAUCUCCAAGCUGCCAAAGCACGGACAGAUAGUCCAGCAGAGAGCCACGGGCACUGCGCCGGUACGGAAUUUCACCCUGGAGGAGAUCUCGGGCACCUCCAGCAUCGUGUACGAGCACGACGACUCAGAAACGAAGCACGACAACUUCACUGUGAGGCUGUCAGAUGGGAAGCACAGCGUGGAGAAGACCGUGCUGAUCAUGGUCAUCCAAGUGGACGAUGAGACUCCACGCAUGGCCAUCAACGAUGGACUGGAAAUAGAAAUUGGCGAAACGAAAGUGAUCACCAACAAGAUGCUGAAAGCUACUGAUUUAGAUUCGGAAGACAAGACCCUUACUUACAUUAUCCGCUUUGGUCCCGGUCAGGGACUGCUGCAGAGGCUGAGCGUCGAAGGGGGAGUUUCUGAAAACAUAACCCUGGGAAUGAAUUUCACCCAGGAUGAAAUCGACAGAGGACUGAUCCAGUACGAGCACACCGGCCAGGAGGGGAUACGGGACCUCAUUAAGUUCGACGUAACCGAUGGCAUCAAUCCACUGAUCGACCGGUACUUCUACGUGUCCAUCGGAAGCAUCGAUAUGAUUUUCCCGGACAUCAUCAACAAAGGCGUGUCCCUCAAAGAAGGCGGUAAGGUGACCCUUACCACCAACCUGCUGAGCACGACUGACAUCAACAGCCCAGAUGAGAACCUGCGCUUCAGCAUCACGCGCGCCCCCAUUCGCGGCCACAUGGAGUGCACAGACAACCCAGGGGUCCCGAUCACCUCCUUCACCCAGCUGCAGCUGGCCGGCAAUAAGAUCUACUACAUACACACGUCGGACGACGAGAUCAAGAUGGACAGCUUCGAGUUCGAGGUGACGGAUGGCUACAACCCGGUCUUCCGCACGUUCCGCAUCUCCAUCAGCGACGUGGACAACAAGAAGCCCGUGCUCACCGUCCACGACCUGCACCUGAACGAGGGCGAGCCGAAGCUCAUCACCCCCUUCGAGCUCACGGUGGAGGACCGCGACACGCCGGACCACCGGCUGCGCUUCACCGUCACGCAGGUGCCCGUGCACGGACAGCUGCUGUACAACGGCAGCCGCCCGGUGACGUCCUUCACCAAGCAGGACCUGAACGAGAACCUCAUCAGCUACAAGCACGACGGCACCGAGACAAGCGAGGACAGCUUCUCGUUCACGGUCACCGACGGCACGCACACCGACUUCUACGUCUUCCCCGACACCGUCUUUGAGACGCGCAAGCCGCAGAUGAUGCACAUCCGCAUCCUGUCCGUCGACAACGGUGUGCCGCAGAUCGUGGUGAACAGGGGGGCGUCCAGCUUGCGCCCGCUGCCCAGCGGCCACCUGGGCUUCAUGCUGACCAACAAGGCCCUGAAGGCGGAGGACCGGGACAGCUCUCCGCGGGUGCUCAAGUACGUGGUGGAGGAGCUGCCGGAGCACGGCUUCAUCAUCAACCUGGGCCUGGGAAAUGACAGCGUGUCCAAGUUCACACAAGGUGAUGUCGAUGACAUGAACAUCUGCUAUGUCCUGCGGGAAGGUGACAACGCGACGAGUGACAUUUUCUACUUCUCCGUGGAAGACAAUGGUGGGAACAAGCUGAAGAAGCAGCCCUUCCGGCUCAACUGGGCGUGGAUUUCCCUGGAGCGUGAGUACUACCUGGUGGACGAGGAUGCCAAGUACUUGGAGGUGGUGCUCAAGCGACGGGGCUAUCUUGGCGAGACCUCCUUCAUCAGCAUCGGGACGCGUGACGGCACGGCGGAGAAGGAGAAGGACUUCAAGGGGAAGGCGCAGAAGCAAGUGCAGUUCAACCCGGGCCAGACGAGCGGAACGUGGCGGGUGCGCAUCUUCGCCGACGCCGAGUUUGAGACGUCCGAGACGUUCCAGAUCGUGCUCUCGGAGCCCGUGAUGGCCGCCCUGGAGUACCCGGACAUCGCCACCGUGGAAGUAGUGGACCCGGGCGACGAGUCCACGGUGUACAUACCGCAGGCGGAGUAUAAAAUUGAGGAGGACAUUGGAGAGCUGCUCAUUCCCAUCCGACGCUCCGGGGACGUUUCUCAGGAGCUCAUGGUCAUCUGCUACACCCACCAAGGCACCGCCACGGGCACCAUCCCGACCAGCGUGCUCUCCUACUCCGACUACAUCAGCCGCCCCGAGGAGCACAUGAGCGUGCUGCGCUUCGACCGCGGCGAGACGGAGAAGGGCUGCCGCGUCGUCGUCAUCGACGACUCGCUCUACGAGGACGAGGAGUCCUUCAACGUCUCGCUCAGCAUGCCCAUGGGCGGCCGCGUUGGGGACGCCUUCCCAUCCGCCCGCAUCCUCAUCCAGCCCGACGCUGACGACGAGCCCUCAUUUUACUUCGGCGAGGUCGAGUACCACGUGGACGAGAGCGCCGGCUUCGUGGAGGUGCGUGUGUGGCGCACCGGGACCGACCUCUCCAAGACGGCCACCGUCACCGUCCGCUCACGGAAAACAGAGCCCGUGUCGGCCGAGGCCGGUGUCGACUACGUCGGCAUCAGCCGGAACCUGGACUUCGCUCCGGGCGUCACGAUGCAGACCCUGCGCGUCACGAUUCUCGACGACCUGGGCCAGCCGGUGCUGGAGGGCGUGGAGCGCUUCGAGCUGGUGCUGCGCAUGCCGAUGAACGCCGUGCUCGGGGAGCCCAGCAAGACCACGGUCCUCAUCAACGACUCGGUGUCCGACUUGCCCAAAGUGCAGUUCAAGGACCCGUUGUACACCAGCAACGAGAACGAUGGGCAGGUGUCGGCCGUGGUGUACCGCAGCGGCGACGUCGGCUACAAGUCGACGGUGCGCUGCUUCACGCGGCAGGGCACGGCGGAGGUCAUGAUGGACUUCGAGGAGAGGCCCAACACGGACGACUCCGUCGUCACCUUCCUGCCUGGCGAGAUAGAGAAGCCCUGCACGGUGGUACUGGCGGACGACACGGAGUACGAGGAGGAGGAGGAAUUCCGUCUGGUGCUGGGCUCUCCGCGCAGCGAGUCUCCGUUUGGGGCCUCCAUCGGAGAGCAGAACGAGACCCUGGUCACGAUCAAGGACGACGCUGACAAGCCGAUCAUAAAGUUCGCGGAAACCAAGUUCAGCGUGAACGAGCCGAAGGAGGCUGGGCAGGUGGCGACGGUGCGCAUCGCGGUCGUGCGCACGGGCGACGUCUCCAAGCUGUCGGUGGUGCGCGUGCACACCAAGGACGGCUCGGCCACCUCCGGCGAGGACUACCACCCCAUCUCCGAGGAAAUCGAGUUCAAGGAGGGCGACAGGGAGCACUUUGUGGAGGUGGAGGUGCUGUACGAUGGGGUGCGGGAAAUGCGUGAAGCCUUCACCGUCCACCUGAAGCCCGACGAGAACAUGGUGGCCGAGACUCAGAUGAACAAGGCCAUCGUGUACAUCGAGGAGAUGAACAGCAUGGCUGACGUCACGUUCCCGUCCGUGCCGCACGUCGUGUCACUGCUGCUCUAUGACGACACGGCCAGGGCCAGGGAGAGCCCCCACCCGCCCGCCGGGUAUCCCGUCGUCUGUGUCACGGCCUGUAACCCCAAGUACUCGGACUACGACAAGACGGGCUCGCUGUGCGCGAGCGAGAACAUCAACGACACGCUGACGCACUACCGCUGGUCGGUGAGCGCGCCGAGCGGCGCCGACGGCGUGGCGAGCCCCAUGCGCGAGGUGGACGCCAACACCUUCUUCACGUCCACCAAGAUCGUGACGCUCGACUCGGUCUACUUCGCGCCCGGCUCGCGCGUGCAGUGCGCCGCGCGCGCCGUCAACGGCGACGGCGAGGAGGGCCUCGAGCUCGCGAGCGCCGUCGUCACCGUCAGCAGCGACGAGGGGCUCUGUCAGCCUCGCAUUCUGGGAGCAGUGGGGGCAGAGCCAUUCACGGCCAAACUGCGCUACACAGGACCGGAGGACCCCGACUACCCCAACCUCAUUAAGCUCACCGUCACGAUGCCGCACAUUGACGGGAUGCUGCCGGUCAUCUCCACGAGGGCCCUCUCCAACUUCGAGCUAACGCUGAGCCCCGACGGGACGCGCGUCGGCAACCACAAGUGUUCGAACCUGGUGGACUACGACGAGCUGCAGACGCGUCACGGCUUCCUGACCGACGCCACCAAGAACCCCGAGGUGAUCGGCGAGACGUCGCCAUACCAGUACAGCGCGGGCCUGCGCUCGGCCGCGACGCUGCGCUUCUACCGCAACCUCAACCUGGAGGCGUGCCUCUGGGAGUUCGUCUCCUUCUACGACAUGUCGGAGCUUCUCACCGAGUGCGGGGGCAGCAUCGGCACCGAUGGCCAGGUCCUAAACCUGGUGCAGUCGUACGUGACGCUGCGCGUGCCGCUCUACGUCUCCUACGUGUUCCAUUCGCCCGUGGGCGUCGGCGGCUGGCAGCACUUCGAUCUGCAGUCCGACAUGAGGCUCACGUUCGUUUACGACACGGCCAUCCUGUGGAAGGACGGCAUCGGCAGUCCGCCCGAGGCUGAGCUGCAAGGCGCAUUGUACCCUACAAGCAUGCGCAUCAAUGGAGAGGGGCGACUUGUGGUGAACUUCCGCACCGAGGCACGAUUCCGAGGCCAGUACGUGAUGGCCCAUCCAGGUACACCUCUGACGUCCAUGGUGAUGUCGGCGGACCACCCGGGCCUCACGUUCACACUGUCGCUGGUGCGGAGCGAGCCCUCCUACCACCAGCCCGAGCAGCAGUGGAGCUUCAUCUCCGACUUCGCGGUGCGGGACUACUCCGGCACGUACACUGUCAAGCUGGUGCCGUGCACCUCGGCGCCAAGCCAGGAGUACAGCAUCCCCAUCAUCUGCAACCCGCGCGAGCCGCUCACCUUCGACCUGGACAUCCGCUUCCAGCAGGUCAGCGACCCCGUGGCAGCAGAGUUCAGCCUCAACACGCUCAUGUUCCUCCUGUCGAAGAAGGCCCUCUGGAUAUCUGAUGGCUCCAUGGGUUUUGGAGAGGGCAGCGAUGUGGCCUUCACUGAAGGUGCCAUAGUUUACGGCCGUGUCAUGGUGGAUCCUGUGCAAAACCUGGGGGACUCCUUCAUCUGCAACAUUGAGAAGGUGUUCCUGUGCACUGGUGCCGAUGGAUACGUGCCCAAGUACUUCCCCGAAAACCGGGAAUAUGGCUGCCUGGCUGAUUCCCCUUCGCUUCUCUACCGCUUCAAGAUUCUGGACAAAGCGCAGCCCGAGACACAGGCACACUCGUUCGGCAAUGUGCCGUUCAACGCUCGCUUGGCUGCGGACGACCCCGAGGCCCUGCCCUUGGUGAGACAGCCCGGAUCCGACGGCUUCCGAGUGGACUCUUCCCCUCUCUUCCAGGUGACAGCGGGUCGCGAGUGGUACAUCCACACCAUUUACACGGUGCGGUCCCACGCCUCGUCCAACCGCGGCAUCGGCAAGAGGAGCGUCGAGUACGCGCAGCACUCGCUCGUGGCCGCCGGCGCCGCCGCCGACGCCGCCGCUCAAGGGUCCGGCGCGAUGCUCGCCGGCGGUUUCCCGCCGGCCGCGUCCCAGCAGCGGAGGCAGCGCAGGGACGCGGCCGGUGGCCACGACGCCCCGUCGCUGGUGCUCGACAUCGGCGCGUCCAACAACCGCGGCACCAACAUGCAGCACAUCGUCCUCGACCGCUCGGGCCGGCGGGUCAACACGGAGCGAGGGGGCGCGCCCGCCGACGGCACCUUUGAGCUGGCGCCCUCGGAGCGCGAGCCGCCGGGCAACGUGACGCCGGUGGUGACCGUGCUCGCCGUGCUGGUGCUGGCCGUGUGCGUGCUGCUCACGGUCGUCCUGCUGAUGCGGCGCCGGCGGCAGGGAAAGAAGGAGAUGAAGAAGGAAGCAGUGGCCAAUGGCAAUGGAAGCAGCGAGCCCAUGGUGCCCAAGCAGGCCUGUGGGGCGGCUGACAGCUCGGAAGUCUGAGUGUCAUCAGCACGUCCGCCGACUGUGGCCCCCCCCCCACUCUCCCCGCUGCACUUUGUUUGGGUCGCUACGCUAUACUUAUAAGACUUUAUCCACAGGUGAUGGCUGGGUCUGAUUUUUUUCUUCCCUCCUUUAUUUUCGUUUGUAAUAUAUAUUGACAGUAUUUUGAUUCUGUUAAAAAAGAUGUUACAAAACCAUUGCAAUAUGCAAUUUUCAGGAAUAUCUACCGUUUAUUUUAAUCGUGUCCUAAAUAAAUGACAAAUACAACUCAGUUGCUGGAAUCACGAUUAAAUGUGUAAAUGAAAAAAAAUGUAAGUGAUCUUGCAAGCCAGACUAUGGUAAAACUGAAGUAGCCAUCACAAAGUGAAAUAAGAAGUGGAGUUGAAUAAAUCUUUUUUUAAAAGCAAGCAUUGAAAAUGAAGCUUAAGUACUGCGCAAAUUAUUCUAUUUUUUAAAACUGUACAUGUCUGAGACCAGUACAUUGUUAUGUACCACAUAGAAACAACGAUAUCAGAGUCAUUACUGAAAACUUACACUUUUUUAAAAUAAGAUUCAUUAAAAAAAGGAUUGAAUUUCUAUAACCACAAGUAAACAAAAUGUUUAUACACAUGGCUAUUAACUGCAGAAAAUGCAUUGCCGCUAACUUGAACUUCACAUGAUGCGUAUUUGCAGUCAUGAGAUCUUAUGUCUUUUAAAACUGUGGAAUUUAGAGGCAAUCUUUCACGUGACCUGUAGGGGCUCUUUCUAAACCUUCCAAAACAUUCACUUUCCUCUGGUUCUCUUUUCUUCAUCUGAAAGGUGACAGCUAAUAGUGUUUUGUUAUGCAGUCCAAAGACUUUAUUGCAAAAAAUGUGCAAAUCCAUUUCUACAGAGAAUUAAAAGUUAAUGAGGCUAAAUGCUUUUGGCUUAUUUUCACAUAUUCUUUGUAAUAAUGACAUGCUUGGACUAAUUCAUGACGAAUUAGUACCUUUUGUUUUCGAUAAAUAGCUGGCAAUUAGGGAGCCUUGUGCGUAGCUAAUUAAUAAGAAAAAAUUAUGUUUAUGAUUCUGACCCAAGUGAACAUAAGCACUGCAUUUGAUUUCGUUUCAGUGUGAAACAGAGUUAUGGCCGUGCCUUAAUCUGAGGGAUUUGUGAUAAUACUGUAUUAAUUACAGAGCAAAGCAUGCUGCUUUAUACCUAAUACCCUGUGCUAUUAACAAGUUAACAAAUGGCUUACUGUUGAAACAUUUUGAACAAGGGAUAGACUGAUGACAUGCACCAUCGGCUAAUUAGUUCGCUUGAUUAAUGAAAUACAAUUUUUGGGUUUUUUACUAAUUCAUGUCGAGAGGCGUAAAGCAUUGUCAUUUAUAUGUGAAUACACGUCGAAGCCAUCCACAAAUAAACUAUACUAUAAGGUUUCUGUUAAUAAUUAACAAAAAAACUUUAAUCUACCCAAGGGAAAUUUACGAAUGCCAUAUCAAAUCAACCAUUCCACGGUCAACAAGCUGGUACUGUUCAAGUUUUCCAUGAAACUAAACACGCAUUUCUACUUUGAAAGGGCUCUUACAAAUGUUCAGUCCAUUUCUUCCUGGUGGCCUAAUAGCCGUGCGUAGAAUAGCAUGACAAGGGUUAAUCGGCGAGCGAUGGUCGCAUGCUCAUCUGUCUAUCCCCUCGACAUUUGCAUGGAAAGUUUAGAAUAUGUCGUCGUGCCCAACGCCACUAAUCUCACCUGGAAUAAAGCCUCGGCCCACAUUCGCAUCUUGACGAAAGAACUGAAACACAUCGCUAUGGCAAGUUUUUAUUGUAUUUUUGGCAGUGGAGACAAUGAUUGGCAUGUUUUUUUUGCCAAACAUCUGAUAAAAAAAAGCAUUUUUUUUCCAACAUGUGAAUCGGACCAGGCAUCCAAAGGGAAGUUCCACCGUUGAUGGAGGCCCCAAGUUAUAUGCAAUUACAAUUUGGAUUUAUAAUCCAUCCAAGUGGUGAAAUGAUUGGCAAGUUUGUGAAACAUCCUCCACAUUUGUUCGCCCAGCAGUAUAAAUGGGUACAGCACAGUCGAUCGGCAGGUCGCUUGUGGUGGGCGAAAGUGUGGGGACUCCCACCGCUUCCAAGACACCUGGCCAGUUUGGCAGAGUAGGCCAAAUACCUUCUAGAGGGGAUCUCUCUCUCACGCUUCAUGGAGGCAUGGAUAGACAAAAAUUAAAUAGAUUUUCUAUUUUUAAACGUAUGACAGCUUCUAAAGCACUCGCAAAAUGCUGAAUAGGCAUGCCAAUAUAAUGUGCAGUGUGCUAUACACGUAUCAUGUAGUUUGUAUGUGCAGCAUAUGAGACCCCAUUCAUGGCCUUUUGCUAUGGUCUCAAAUAUACUAAGGCUGCACCCGAACUUCAGAUAUCACAAAUGAGGCACAAAGGGUGCAACGCUAUUAUUAUUUAGUCAUGCUUGGUGCUGGCCUUUGAAGGUGUGUUCACUUAAGUACUAAAAUCACCUGCAGUACAACGUCACAUAUCCAAUUCGCUGGGGACUGAGUUACAGGUCGGAUGUGUAAAGAGGUCAGAUAGGUGAACAUCUGUUGGAAUGGUCAGUUGCAUCGUGCGCUAAUAGGUUACUAGACCUAAAAUGAAGCGCAGACUGCUUUAAACACGGAAGGAUUCUUUGCUUCAUACAAAUGUACACGAGAUGGUAUGUGGAAAGGUCUGAGUUGUGAACGUCGAUAUGAAGUGACAGCUUCACCAGGCACAUUUAAAUGGUGCAUUGGGUCUGGGCGGUUGCUUGGUCACGGUGGAUAUGCGAUGGUCGGAUAUGCGACUUUGUACUGUAUUUAAUGCACUUGCUUAACAUGACAACAUAUACUAUUUGUCACCUAGAUUUAAUCUGACAAUUUUUUUUUCCAACAAAAAAGCUUGAACAUAGUAGAAAGCGUUACAAUAACAACUGACCUUAGCUCUCUUUUUUUUACCUCACUGUUGUAAGUUUUUUAUAAAACGAAAACUAUACAAUUGUUGCGAUUCUAAUGGUGCUAUUUUAACAUUGUCUAAGUGCCGUUUAGCCGCUGAAUUGCAUUGUUGUGAAUUCCUGAUAAUUUCACAUCAACCACAUUGUUAAAAUUUGUCUCCUAAAAAUACUGUAUUUUUAAACAUGUCCAUUUUAUAUUGGACUUUCGUGUCAAUUCUUUUUGCUAUUGUAUAUUAUUAUAUUCUAAUGUGGUAUCUGGCUAAUACAGUAAUUAUUAAAAUGAAAAGAAAACAUACUUUUGUUUUGUACUUAAACAGCAAAAAGGUAUCCCUUGGUUAUUCCUUUUAGAUAACAUUGGCUUGGGGUCGGUCUGUAUACGGUUAAGUAACUGAAAUUUUAUCAUGAAAAUAAGAACUUUCUUUUUUAUUUCGCUGCCCUUACUGGUACACAUUUGCCAGUACAGUAUUUGUUAAUGUUUUAAUAUGUAAACACUGAUGUGCAGUGCUGUGGACAACCACUUUUCAAUAAAAGAGGCACAUCCCAA